AUGCGGUUAGCGCGUAUGCACGCUUCUGCCCCCCCCGAAGACCGUCCUUACCUGCAGAAAUGCUACUUGCUCCAUCGCAGCAGUGUAGUACUACCUUCUAGUCGGUAUGUAUGUAAUGGACAUCACGCAAAUGUUUUCGAGACAUCCAACGCCCUUGGUUCUUCAUACGAACUGUGGGUUUUCGACGAUGUGGGGAGUUGGGGUGGUAUGUGCGCCCUUUUUCUUCCUUCUUUUUCCCCCAUCCCCCAGCCAGGAUGGUUUCAUAACGUCGAAGACCAUCCAACAUCACGUAACCCCAGUUGCGCCCCUGUUGCACAGAACUCGUAGGACGAAAGCCCUCAAUACUGCACGAAAGGGGCACACUGCACAUGCAGGCAGUAAGAUUGGGAGAUCGGUUCCUGGAUUCCCGACUGCGUAUGGAGUCCCUAGGCCAUCGGUCAAACCUUCUCACCUCCUCGCGUACCCCAAUCAAAGCAAUCGAACCGUCUGGUAGCUCAACCGAUCGCUCCUCGAUAAGGUUGGUGUAGGAAGUUAGCCGAAAGCCU